AUGGUCGCAUCCAAACCCUCUCCAUCUGUAUCUGCCUCAUCAAAUCCCAGAGCGGGAUUGGCCACCCUCGAACCGCGCAUAAAACAGGUGUCCCAAUCCACGAUCCGCAAGAAAUGGAGACCUCUCCCGGCGUCGUCACAGGACAAGGUCAGACAGAUCUUCUUGAACCUCAAGACGAAGAGGUCUGGUGCUGGCGGGAACGGCAGGAUCCCACCGAUCGGCAAGUCGCGCAACAACGCGAAGGGGCAGAGAAAGAACGCGACGGCGGCCAGUAUCCGAGAGGAAGAGUAUGAGAAAAUGAUCGAGGAGGUUGCUGACAAACUCCUCGCCCGCCUGCCGCGAAUGCCAUUCCCACAGACACAUAAUACAAAUACCACCACGGUCGACGAUUCUCCGUUCGACCUGUCCGCGACCCUCACGCGCAUCGCGACCCUCCAGUCGCAGCUGACAACCAAUCUCCAGUCGGCGCACCUGCUCCGGCGCCAGAUCAGGCGGGAGAAACUCGCGUUGAAGAGGGACCGCGCGCAGCUGAAGACGUUGGAAGAAGGAUUUAAGGGCAGUGAGAGGCUCAGGCGGAAGAAAGAGCAGGGCCUGCAUCCGCUGGCCAGGAGCAUGCACCGCCCCAGGGGCGAAGACGACGACGGAGACGGAGACGGAGACGGCGUCGAGGCGAGACAGCGAGAGGAGAUUGAGCGCGUCAACCACGUGGCAGGAAUAAUAAUACGCCCUGCGAACAACAACAACUACAACAACAAGAGUGUUUCCUCCACGUCACCCACGCCCACGCUCUCGCUCGAUUCGGAAAACAGCGACCCGGAAAUGAACUCGCUGCUCGGUCAGUUGCGGAGUCACCUGCUCAGCAUGCAGAACAACACGGCGACCAUGCAGCCUGUGUUGGCCGCCAUGGACGAGGCGACGACGGUGUUGGAUAAGUUUGCCGCGGGACAGGGAUGGUGUCAGACAGAGUGUACUCGGAAGAACACAUGA